UCCAUCCCUUUGAGAUACCAACACAGUUUUUGUUAGGGCUAUACUCAUUUCUUUUUCACACUGUUGCCAGAUUACUGUAGCAAGAAGUAUUCUUAAAAAACAAAACAGCUUUAUUGAGUUAUAGUUCACAUACCACCUGAUUCACCCAUUUAAAGUGUUACAUUCAUUGGUUUUUAAUAUAUUCACAGAUAUGUGCACCCGUCACCAAAGUCAAUUUAAAAAAUGUUCAUCACCUUUUAAAAAGAAUCUCCGUACCCUUCAGCUGUCAUCCUAUAUCCCCCUACUCCCGCAUCCCUCCCAACCAACCCAAUUUUGACUUUUUUCUUAAUCAGUGAAACUGGGGCUUCCUCGAUGGGCAGAUAGAGCAGAUAAAGCAGUAUAAAGCAGGCUGUAGUCUGACCCUAGAAAUAAAAACAGCUGAGUGCGUCGAUUUCCAGUUCACAGAGACAGAAAAGUUCCUUCUGCUUGCAAACCUUAACUCCCAGUGUGUCUGCCCCCAGCCAGCAGCAGCCUCCUCUUUACUUUUUAGAAAAUGAACAUAAAUGUAGAGUACUCUGAGUGCCAGGCACUAUGUGCAUACAGGUGCAACCAUACACAAUUCCUGUUGAAGUAUUCCCCAGGACACAAUCAAGUAGGCAUUAGCUCCAUUUCACAAACCAUGAAACCGAAACUCAGGAAGUUCGGUGUCUUGCCCAAGGUCAGACAGCUGGAAUUAGGGAACCCCGCCUCCUGACUUCAAAGCCUAUGAUCCUUCCACUUCCUGGGACAGUUCUUCAGGUGCCUGCCCGUCCAGCCCUUCACCUGAACCCUGUCUGUCCCACAGACACCAUCUCUGACUCUUCUCACAGCAGGUGCCCGGGGCUGCCUGACAUAGGAGACAACAGCCUACUCUCCUGGCCAAGCCCAAUCCCCCUGGCAUUUUCUGCUCUUGCAACAUUUAGUCCAAGUGCCCUGUCCUGCCGCACUGAUUCCACAUCCCUUGUAACAGACCCGCUUCGCACCACGGAGCACACCGGCCUGGUAUCCAGCAGGUGCUGCAUUAAAAUCGGUUGCCUGUUGCCUCGUGCUGGUUUCCCUCCUGUGUCAUGUGCCUGUACCGCGCCCUGGUCUUUAUGCAUCUGGAUGUCCCCAGCGCCCAACGCUGAGCUAGGCACAUAAAGCGUGAAGGAAUCCACUGAACGCCAGCAGCUUGCCCUCGACGGGGUGCCGAAAGGUAGCGGGCUCCGCCAACCCCUGCCGCCGCCAGGGGCAGGACGCCGGGGCAGCCGCGGGGAGCACACCGGUGCCCAGCAGGUGGCGCCGCGGCCCCGAACCCUGCCGGCGGCGCUCAGACACAGGGCGCGGCCGCGCAGCCCCCCACCUUCCGCCCGAGCGGCCCAGCGUCCGGGCUCUGCGCACACCCGGGGCGUUGCCCUGGGUGCGUCUCGGGUUCGGGUCCUGCCGCGCGCACCGGGCCGCCCCGCCACAGCGGGCGCCAUGACGCUCCCCGGAGUCCGCGCCCUCGGCUGGGUGAAGGCCGCCACGAUGGCCUCGAGGCGCCGCCUCGCGGAGGACGAGGGAGGCCCCCGCGCUCCUGCGCCCGGGAGCCAGCACGCAGCGCUCUACGUCCACUGGCCCUACUGCGAGAAGCGCUGCAGUUACUGCAGCUUCAACAAGUACAUCCCCCGCGGCGUGGACGAGGCUGCUAUGAGGCGCUGUCUGGUGACCGAGGCUCAGACGCUGCUGCAGCUCAGCGGGGUCCGGCGAGUGAAGUCUGUGUUCUUUGGUGGGGGUACCCCCAGUCUGGCCAGCCCCCACACUGUGGCAGCUGUCUUGGAGGCAGUGGCUCAGGCAACUCACCUGCCUGCAGACUCUGAAGUCACAUUGGAGGCCAACCCCACUUCAGCCCCAAGCUCCAGGCUGGCAGCAUUCGGGGCCGCAGGAGUCAACAGGUUGUCCAUUGGCCUCCAGUCCCUAGAUGACACUGAGCUCCAGCUGCUGGGGAGGGCACACUCUGCCAGUGAUGCUCUGCAGACGCUGGCGGAGGCCCGGCGCCUCUUCCCGGGGCGUGUUUCUGUGGACCUGCUGCUGGGGCUGCCGGCACAGCAGGUGGGGCCGUGGCUUGGGCAGCUGCGGGAACUGCUGCGCCACUGUGAUGACCAUGUGUCCCUUUACCAGCUGUCCCUGGAGCGGGGCACCGCCCUCUUCACCCAGGUGCGGCAGGGUGCCCUUCCUGCCCCUGACCCCGAACUUGCUGCUGAGAUGUACCAGGAGGGACGGGCAGUUCUUCGGGAGGCUGGCUUCCGCCAGUAUGAGGUCUCCAACUUCGCCCGGAAUGGGGCGCUUAGUACCCACAAUUGGACUUACUGGCAGUGCGGUCAGUACCUUGGCAUUGGGCCUGGGGCCCAUGGGCGAUUUGUACCCCAGGGGGCCGGGGGCCACACCCGAGAGGCUCGGAUCCAGACCCUGGAGCCUGACAACUGGAUGAAGGAGGUGAUGCUGUUUGGUCACGGCACCCGGAGGCGCAUCCCCCUGGGCGAGCUGGAGCUGCUGGAGGAAGUUUUGGCCAUGGGGCUACGCACAGACGUGGGGAUCACUCACCAGCACUGGCAGCAGUUUGAGCCCCAGCUGACCCUGCGGGACCUGUUUGGCGCGGGCAAGGAGGCGCAGGAGCUGCUGGAGCAGGGCCUGUUGCUGCUGGAUCACAGGGGUCUUCGGUGUUCCUGGGAGGGGCUGGCUGUGCUGGACUCUAUGUUGCCAACCCUUCUAUCUCAGCUCCAAGAGGCCUGGCAGCAGAGAACUCCUUCCCCUGUGCCAGGAGGAUAACCACAUUUUCCUGAAUCCCAGGACACUGCCAGGCUUGAAGCCACCAUCUCUGCCUGGUGCUUGGCCUCAGUGUCUGUAUUUUUCCUCCUGGAGAACCCACAUGUCCCAUCUCCAUGAGACCAUCCGCUUCCUGGGAAAAAAUGGCAUUCUGCAAAGAAAGGACUUUAAGUAAUAGGUUUGCUAUACACUGAAUGUUCGUGUUCCCCCCAGAAUUCAUAUGUGGAAACGUCAUCCCUGGGGAGGAUGGUAUCCAGAGGUGGCGCUUUGGGAGGUGGUUAGGUGAUGAGGAUGGAGCUCUCAUGAAUGGGAUUAAUGCACUUAUGAAAGAGACCUCAGAGAACUCCCUGGCCCUUUCUACCCUGUGAGGACACAGAGGGAAGACGGACGGCUGUGAACCAGGAAUUGGGCCCUCACCAGACACCAAAUCUCCUGGCACCUUGAUCUUGAACUUCCCAGCCUUCAGAACUGUGAGAAAUAAAUGUUGUUUAAGCAACCCAGGCUAUGGUAUUUUUGUUACAGCAGCCCAAAUGGACUAAGACAAGGAUGAAAUAACUUAUGUGCUAACUUG